AACUCUCUCUCUUUCGCUCAUUUCUGUUUCGUUCUCACAGUGUACAUUACGAUUGAGUUGAUACCGUCAUUCGGAACAGUGCUUUUAACCAAUUUCGCAGGGCUGGAAUUAAGGAUCAUGCGAAACCUAGGGUUUUUUCUUACUACAACUCGUCUAAUGCGAUUUUGUACUGUAUUAGUUCUGAUGUGAAUUCUUUACCUGUUUCAUCGCGCUCUCUAAAUUUCAAUCGCUUCGUUUUCUCAUACAAGGAUCUGAGUGUGCGUUUGUAGGUAGAAAUGGAUGAUGAUGCUACAAAUUCAUUCCGACGCAUGUCGAGUCGCACUCGGAAGGUUGCUCCUAAGAUGGUUGCUGCCCUAGCGAGCAGCGACAAUCGUUCUCAGGCUGCCCUUGCUCGUCUGGAGGCGUUGGAAAAUGACAACGCUGGACUGGAAUUGAUCGAAAACAUUGACGACGAGGAUGCUUCUCUCGAUGAUGACGAACAAGCAUACAUACAAAAGCGGCAAUCAAAAGGUACCAAGCGCAAAACUAGGCAGGCAAAAGCACUUGAAGCUAAGAAGGCUCCCAAAACUUUUAUGGAGCUUCUGCACGAGGCAAGUUUGGAGUCUUUGCCUCCACAUGUUCCAUCAUACAUAAAGGCAGCCGUCGGACCUCCAAGCUCUACCUCCCGCCGGCAUUUCUGCACGGUUUGUGGUUUUGCUGCUAGCUACACGUGCAUAAGGUGUGGAGUACGCUUUUGUUCAUGUCGUUGCCAGAAUAUACAUAAUGAUACUCGUUGCUUGAAAUUUGUUGCCUGAUAUAGGUGGGCGGAUUAACUCACUAAUAUCUCUGUUAAUUACAAUGUAGUUUUAAUGCUUUUUUUUUUCAUGGAUUAUUUUUAUUAGUUUGUUUGGAAUCACUUUCAAAUUACUUAAAAAAAAAAAGUUUUUAAGCCACCUUCAAACUGCUA